AUGCGAGUGUUGCCAAGUCUCCUCCUCGUGUCGGCCUCGCAAGCCCACGACGUCUGUUUGCGCUGGAAUGCGUCGACCAUGCUUGCAUGCAAUGUGUCGACGCCAUGCGCCUUUCUGACGCGCAACACGUCGUCGUGCUUUUUGUCGGUGGACCUCAACGAGACGGUUGCUGCUAACAGUAGCUGGCUCGGUGACCGCCCGUUUCUCGCUCAACUUUUCCCACAGUACGACAGCGAAGACGAUGACGAUGACGACGAAGAUGAAGAUGGCGACUUCGACGAUCGGCCGUGGCGUUCACCGCCUGUCAACAGGAACGAAACGCUACCGUGGACGCUAUGGCUCUCGUGGGGUGGCAAUGUCAGUGCGUACUUUGACUUGGAGCAUCUCUUCAACUGGACGGUCAACAGUUCGUCGUCGACGGACAACACGAUUGUGUUUCCGCCACACGGGCACGCGACCAAGAAGCCUUACGUGUUGCGACGCUGGAACGCUUCUACGAACGCCAGCGCGACACCGUACCCGACGAUCGUAGUGCCGCGCAAUGACUCGGCAUAUGGCCGACGCACCACUCCGCCGCGGCUGGCGCUCAACGGGACGGUGUUCAACGAGGCGUACUUGGUCAGCUUUCUCCAGUACCUCUUCAACGCGACGAGGCACCGCAACGACCUAAUGGCGUUCCUCUUGCAUCGGGUCAUUAACCUGCUGCAAACGAAUGGCUCGGUCGCAGCCGAGGCCAUUCAGCGCUUCCGAGUGCAUCCGCCCUCGAACGACAUGCGUCUAUGGAGUCUAUUGUUCACAGCCAACUCGACCCAACAUCGCAACGUCACUGGACAUCCUGUCGAUGCCAUGCGUCCGCUGGGCGAAAUUGUGUGGCAAGUGUACCUCGAGUCGCUGGGUGGCUGGAACCAGAGCAUACCUCGUCUUCCACGACCUAUGAACUGCACCUUGCAGCGUGGGAAUGAAACCACGCCCAACGAGACGGCAGUGACCAUCGCGUGGCCACCCGCCAGCAAUCGAUCCUCGGACCGACCGACGAUGCUGCCCUUCCGUCCGUUGCGACCCACGCCUCGGCCGUCGCGCAAUGACAGCGGUAGUGGCAGUGACGCGAACGCGUCAAUGACAACGCCAACCAUCACGGACAAUGGCAAUGGCAGUAACACGAACGGGUCAGCGACGACGCCAACCAUCACAGUGUCACCUUCGGACGCACUGGCUGCGACGAGCCCGACAGUUACCACGUCGUCGUCGCACGUCGAUGUGAUCGUGCUGUUGUGCGUCGCUGUCGUUGCAGUCGGCUUUCUCGCAGCCCGCGUCUACGCGCGUCGGCACAACAUCGAAGCGUACAGUCACCUCCAAGAUUAG